UGCGCGCGGGGCGGUGCGGGGCUGUGCGGGGCUGUGCGGGGCGGUGUAUGUUGGUGUGUGUGUGUCUCAGUCUUCUGUACCGCACGGGAUUACUGCGAUUUUUGCGAUUCCAGCCCACUGAAGGCGGCAUGGCCGCGGCAGCGCCCAACCCGGAGGAACCGAGCCGGAGCGGGGCAGGAGGCGGUGGCGGGGCUGGAGGAGCUGGAGGAGGCGGCGGCGGCGGCUCGGCCGCGUCGCUGUCUGGAGACGGAGAGUCGGAGGAGGCCGAGGAGUUCUCCUCCGCCACCCACUGUUCCGAGCUCUCCCGCCGGCAGAACGAGCAGAGGAAGCUCGGCCUCUUCUGCGACGUGACGCUGGUGUUCAGCGGCGGCGGAGCUGCUGGAGCUUCUGCUGCUGCUGCUGCUGCUGGUGAACAUCUCUCCGGAGUUGGUGGUGCUCUGACCCACCACAGCUUUGAGCUAUGUGCCCACCGGUCUGUCCUGGCAGCAGCCACCGACUACUUCACCCCUCUGCUGGGCGGCCAGUUCUCGGAGUCGGUUUCCCGCAGGGUGGAGAUGAAGGAGUGGAGCAGUGAGGCCGGGCCAGAUAGGGACACGGUGGAGAGCGUGGUGCAGUUCAUGUACACAGGAGAGAUUCGAGUCAGCACAGCCAACGUGCACGAAGUGCUGGAGCUAGCAGACAGGUUUCUUCUGGUGCAGCUGAAGGAAUUCUGUGGUGAGUUCCUGAAGAGGAAGCUGAGCUUGGCUAACUGUGUAGCCGUGCACAGCCUGGCUCACAUGUACACUCUGGAUCAGCUAGCUCUUCGCGCCGCCGACAUGAUCCGCCGCAACUUCCACAAGGUCAUCCAGGACGAGGAGUUCUACACGCUGCCGUUCCACCUGGUGCGGGAUUGGCUGUCGGACGCUGAGAUCACUGUGGACUCGGAGGAGGUGCUGUUCGACGCCGUGGUGAAGUGGGUGCAGAAGAACUCAGAGGAGCGGGAGAAGUACUUCGAGGAGCUGUUCCGCCUGCUGAGGCUUCCGCAGAUAAAGCCCACCUACCUGACAAGGGUGGUGAAGAACGAGCCGCUGGUGGCGCAGAACGCUGCCUGCCUCCAGCUGGUGUCCGAUGCUGUGGAAGGUCACGCUAUUCGCUUUGAGAACCUCAAGUCUGCUGAUACGGAAUUCUGGGCGUCCUACAUGGCAGCCUUUCAGCCCAGGUUUGGCCAGAACAUGGACGUCAUCAUGGUCGUCGGUGGCGUGUCCGAAGGUGGUGACUACCUGAGCGAGUGUGUGGGCUACUUUGUGUACGAAGACCGCUGGGUCAAUCUUCCACAUAUUCACAAUCAUCUCGAUGGCCAUGCUAUCGCUGCCACCGACUCGCAUGUCUACGUUGCAGGCUCCAUGGAACCUGGAUUCGCCAAGACGGUAGAACGGUACAAUCCCAACCGUAACACCUGGGAGCAGGUGAGCAACCUCACCACACGCAAGCACUCCUUCGGGCUCACCUGCAUCAAAAACAUCCUUUACAGCAUCGGCGGCCACGGCAACUUCAGUCCUGGUUUCAAGGACGUGAGCGUGUACGAGCCAGAGCAAGACAAGUGGCAUAACCUAGAGUCUGCCCCCAAGAUCUUAAGGGAUGUGAAAGCCAUCAGUGUUGAAGACCGCUACGUUUACGUGACUGCGCGGACCCCCGUGGACACGGACAACGACGACGGCCUGAAGACGGUCACCACGCGCUACGACACGGACAGUCGGCAGUGGCAGGAAGUCGACUCCCUUCCGCUUAUUGACAACUACUGCCUCUUUCAGAUGGCCGUUGCGUCCACCAACUUCUACCACACCGCCUCCUGCUGCCCGAGGAGCUACGCCGCGAUUCGUGACGAAGUGGCGCGGCAGAAGAUCAGCGCCAGAAUCUCUGACGACAUCCUCGAGAGCCUUCCUCCGGAGGUGACCAGCAUCGAGGGCGCCGCUAUCUGUUACCUUGGUGAUGACGUGUUUGUGAUCGGCGGCUGGAAGAACAGCGACGACGUGGAUAAGCAGUACCGCAAAGAAGCCUACCGUUACUGCGCCGAGCGAAAGCGCUGGAUGCUCCUGCCCCCCAUGCCCCAGCCACGCUGCCGCGCCACCGCCUGCCACGUCCGCAUUCCCUACCGUUUCCUGUACGGCUGCCAGCGCUACCCUAUGCCCCAGAACCUGGCGCGACAGCGGGACCGCAUGCAGCAGAUGCAGCAGCUGCACCGGCGCACGCUAACCCUGCGCAGGCAGCUGCAGUCGCAGAUCGAAUGCUAACAGUCCUCCUGGCUGCUGACGAGGAGCUCCCAGAGGUGCCGAAAGUGCGUAGUGACAUUCCGCCAUCAACGUGGCCCCAUCAGCUGUUCUUAUAUAAAACGUCAUUGUAUAUAUUUGAUAUUUGUUCGUUUUUUUGUUUUGUUUUUUUCAGUUUUUUGUCCAACGUUUGUCCAACUUCAAGGAAGGUAAAUGGAGCAUUCAAGGACGAAGACAGAGACAGAGAAAGUUUUUUGAAUGUUGAAAUGAUAACUGUGUUAAAUAGGUGCGUAUUGUAAUGUACAAAAAAAAAUGGAUGACGCCAGUGGGUCAUCGUAACUUAAUCCUCAAGUAUGUUAUACUAUUUGUACCAGUUGUGUUUUGUUUUUUUUAGGUUCUGUUCGUGUUAACUGAAGCAUUGCUUCAUGGCCUCGCUUAAAAAUUUGCCUUAAUUUUGCUGCUGGCAGUCUGCGGAAAAAAAAAGAAGCUGCGAAAUAUACUUUAUCAUUCCACCUUGGAACGAAACAUCCUGCACUGUGAAGGUGGCGUCUGUCUGUCCUCCGCGCUCGGUAGAAGUGAUGACAAACGAUGGUAAAAAAAAAAAAAAAAGGUUUAAAAGGAGGAGGAGGAGGACGGUCUGACGUGGUCUUUCUCUAACCUGGUAUUAAUGUAUUAAUUAAUCAAUCAAUCAACCAAUCAGUCAAUUAAUCGUGCCAUCGUUUGUAUGGCUUUGGCUUUGUCUUUGUCUUAGUUUGAUAUGAUGAUUGAAAGCUGCUCAUUAGGAACAUUUGAGUAAUUUUUUUUCAUUAUCCACUUAAAAGAAAAUGGCUGCUUUCAUAUUUUAAAACAGAACAGUAUCCUCUAAUCCUUCAUUCCAUCAUUUCUCAAUUUUUCUCAUUCCUCCAUUGUUCUGUUAUUCCAUUGUUUCGAUGGUGUAAGUCCUGGAGAGUGGAGCCUCCCAGUCCAGGCUUUGUUUGCUCCCUAAUUUCAGCCAAACUAGGUGAUGAACCUCUGGACAUGUUGGGUUAGAUGCUGCUGAGCUGUUAUGUUGGGCUACAGCUUUUAAAAAAAAUUGCUCUGACUUCUUGGCCUGGCUUUCACUCUCUCCAUUUGAAAGGAGCUGCUAACUUAGAUUAAAAAAAAAAGAUUAUUAUUAAUAUUAUAGCAGCUCAAUUCUGGGUUGGGUUGAAAAACUUGGGUUUGGGUUAUUAAUUUAUUUUAUAUAUUUUUUGCACCACUAUUCCUUCUGCACUUGGUGUAAAUCCUCAUGGGUGACUCUGAAAUCAUUUCAGAGACUUUGGGGCUGUUCUUCAUAGUGUUUCGUUGAUCAUGUUUCUUUUUUGUGGUCUACUACUAGCACUAGUGGGAAUACCUUAAAGCACUUGUUUUUGAAAAGGAAUGAUUCACUAUUUCAUAAUUCAUAUGGAAUUUAUUGCAGUUGUUCCCACAUUUAUUGUAGUGUAGUGUAGUUGAAAGUCAGUCUCACUUUUAGGUUUGGGUUGUUUUGGAGCUUUAACUCAACUAUAAUAGACAUCUAUGGUUGUGGAUAGAGCUGUAACGAUUAGUCGAUAUAAUCGACAGUGUCGAUUAUUUAAAUUUUAUUGUCGACUAAUCGUUAAUUUCUAACAGUACCGCAUUACACAAAGUGCUGGGGACAGAAGAAACUUGGUCUGUGUCUCCGAAAGUGCUCAGACACAACAGUCUACGUAUUUAUUCACUAAAUAUCAGUACUCUCCACGUUUAAACAACACAUGGACAUUUAAAUGCCUUUUAAAUCUCAUGUUUAGCAGUUUUUCUGUUGUUUUUUUAGAGAUGGAGGACAUGGCAGAAAUAAUCGUUGACUAAUCGACUAAUCGAAAAAAUAAUCCUCAGAUUAGUCGACUACCAAAAUAAUCAUUAGUUUCAGCCCUAGUUGUGGAAGACUUCGCUUUUCUUUCUUUUGCUAGCUUUGUAGGCAUUAGCUUGCUAGCAGUAAUUAGAAAAAGAGGAAGUUGUAUCACAGCAGAUUAACUGAAUAUUUCUCCCACAUUAAAUUAAUUCAGAACUGAGCUAAAUGAACUUUGGGACAAUCACUAACUUGUUAAAUUAAUGAAUCAAUUGUUAAAAUUAUUAUUAUUAUUAUUAUUAUUAUAGAUUGGUGUGUGCUAAGUAUUUUAGUGACAUUCCUUGGUACUACUAGCUUGGUCAGUUGUUAGCUAAAUUAGCCUAGCUGCUUUGGUGUAAACUUAAAAAAAAAGAAGUGAUUUUUCACACACUAAAUGCACCAAAUGUAGCUGAUUUGACUGAAUUUUGUGUCAAUGGAAAGAAGUAAAGUUUAAAUUUGACUAAAUGAUUUAAUGAUUUAAUAUUUAUUUCAGAACCAUUCCUUUAUUCCUUUAUUCUGUACUUGGACAAGGAGGGAAAAUUAGCCGAUAUAAUAGUUACAUCAUCGUCAUCAGCAGCUGUAGAAGCUGAGUAUUUUUU